AUGCCCACUCCAUACUUGUUACUCUUCUUCCUUGGUUUAGUGGUUCUCACCACUCCUUCCAUCGCCGAUUACCGCCGUGAUGUGGCGGUGGAUGAGGAGGAGCAACCACCUCUUGUUGAUCUGUCUGCUUUUGUGCAGAUGGAAACAACAGAGGAAGCAGUAGCACCUAAGCACAAGGUAGAAGCACCAGCACACACUCCUGGUACCCACCACCAUCGCAACCACCACCACCCCCACCACCACCUGAGAAAACAUCACAACAACCAGGCACCAAAGAGAGGUCCAAUACCACCAGCAGAGGAAGAAGCAGAACUAAUGGAGGAAGCACCUAAGCACAAACACAAGCAUCCCCCAACACCACCACCAGUAGAAGCACCUCCGACAGCGCCGGAGUCGCCGCCAGAGCCACCAACACCACAGGCACCAGAACUUAAAAGGAGAACUGAGUUAUUGGAGGAUGCACCUAAGCACAAGCACAUGCACAAGACCAACCUUACACCACCACCAGCAGAAGCACCUCCGACGAAUCAGGAACCGCCGCCGUCCCCAAGAACACCAGAAGCACCAGCACCACAAAAGGCAGAAGACAUGGAGGAAAAACUUAGGCUGAUCAGGCGGCGUAAGCGACCACCACCAGGUCCAUCACCACGACGACCACCACCAGCACCAGCACCACCCCCACCACCACGCCGGCGACGACGACCACCCCCACCACCAAAAAAUGGAAAUGAAAUGGAGGAGCCACCAAGAUUCAGGGGUAAGCCACUAGCACCGCCACCGCCACCACCACCCCCACCACCACCAGCUUCAAGUCCAAAAUCUCCACCGAAGCAGAAUCCACCAAAGAAUGCUCAACCUCGGCCGCCACCACCACCACCAACAGGCGCGCCAAACCCAAAAUCUCCGCCGAAGCAAAAUCCACCAAAGAAGGCUCAGCCAUCGCCACCGCCUGUCACUAGUUAUGACAUCUGA